AUGGCUGGAACCGGGAAGUCAACUAUAUCCCGUACAGUUGCACGCCAACUAAAAGCGAAAGGUUUACUUGGGGCAAGCUUCUUCUUCCGAAAAGGCGAAGAGGAUCGAGGAAAUGCAAAGAAACUUUUUCCAACCCUCAUAGAACAACUAGCGACCAGCAUACCCCAGCUGACCCCUAGCGUUCAAAACGCGAUCGAUAAGGAUCCUAAUAUUUCGGAAAGGUUUCUCAGAGAGCAGUUUGAGAGUCUUCUGUAUUGGCCACUACUCGAAACAAAACAGCACGUGGCGGCGCCCAUGAUAGUUGUGAUUGAUGCCCUUGAUGAAUGUGAGCGUGAAGACGACAUAAGGCUUAUUCUUCGACUCUUGCCACAAGUCCAGAAGUCAAACUCAGUACGCCUUCGAUUCUUAUUAACUAGCCGACCUGAAUUGCACAUAAGACUGGAGUUCAAGACUGCCAAUAACCACCAGGCUUUGGUCCUUCAUGAGAUUCCUGAACCAGUGAUAGAGCACGACAUCGCUCUAUAUUUUGAGACUAAGUUCACGCAAUUACGGCAGGAACACUCCUUUCCUCCAUACUGGCCUGGAGAAAAGACUAUCAAGGUUCUGGUCAACAGAACGGUGCCAUUGUUCAUUGCUGCUGCUACAGUAUAUCGAUUUGUUGCCGACGUGAACUGGAACCCAAAAAAGCGCCUACAAGCAAUUCUCGCAGACCGGUCCGUUUAUGUAUCUAAGAUGGGCAGCACAUAUCUACCAGUCUUGAAACAGCUUUUAGUGAGUCAAGAUAAGAGGGAGACUAAGGAGCUGGUUCAAGAAUUCAAGAAAAUCGUCGGCGUCAUUGUUGUUCUUGCCACACCGCUUUCGGUCAAAUCUCUCAGCCGACUGCUGGAGAGGGAACCAGACGACAUUAAGUAUCGAUUAGCCCGGCUCCACUCAGUUCUCAACACCCCUGAUGAUUUGGAUAGGCCAGUCAGACUCUUACAUCUUUCGUUCCGGGAUUUUCUUCUGGAUACAAAGACAAGACAGGCUGAAGAAACUGAACAGUUCUGGAUUGAUGAGAAGGCGGUACACCAAACCCUCACUUACUACUGCCUUAAGGUGAUGCAGCGCUGUUUAAGGAAGAAUAUCUGCCAUUUACCUGAAGAUAGCACGCAACACAAUGAAAUUGACAUACAUUCUAUUGAUCACCACUUGCCGCCAGAAUUGCGAUACGCUUGCCGCUACUGGACACAGCACCUGGCGGAAAGUCAAGACCCAAUGACUGGCUUAGUCCAAGCUUUCUCAUUCCUUGAAGAGCAUUUUCUUCACUGGCUGGAAGCUUCAAGUGUUUUGGGUAUUAUAUCCGAAGUUGUAGGAGCGAUCGCGAGAUUACAAUCCGUCAUUCCAGUAUAG